UCCUUCUUGAUUUGGCACCAACUAAGCUUGUGUUCUCAGUUUUCUCUUAUUGUUGAGAGCACUGCAUUACGAGAGCUCCAGAGUCAAGCUGUAGGAAAAUGACUGAUGUUUAUGAUGAGAGUACUGUAACAAAUUAUGAGUAUGGAGAUUACACAGGGGACUACAAAAUUCAUACUACGAAGCCAGACCCAGGAUCUCACAGCGAAAAUGGAAUCACAGUCCUUGCUGCUGUCAUUUACAGUAUUACUUUUCUACUUGGCACAUCUGGAAAUGCACUUGUUAUCUGGGUAGCAGGUUUCAAAAUGCAGAGAUCUGUUAAUUCUGUUUGGUUCCUCGCCUUAGCCACCACAGACUUCCUUUUUUCACUCUUUCUGCCUUUUUAUAUUGUGUAUAUAUUAAGUGACUUCAACUGGAUUUUUGGGAGGCCAAUGUGUAAGAUUAAUAGCACUUUUCUUUUUUUGAAUAUGUUUUCAAGUGUCUUUCUCCUGACAAUGAUAAGUAUUGAUCGUUGCAUUUCAGUAGUUUUCCCAGUCUGGUCACAAAACUACCGAAAACCAAAGAUCGCUUAUUUUGUUUGCGUUGGAGCUGUGAUACUUGCAUUUUUCCUCAGUUUGCCAUCAGCUGUUUUCCGAGAUACAGUAACAAAUCACAAUAACAAAACAACAUGUUACAAUAACUUUCUUUUGCCAGACAAAACUGAAUUAACCCAUCCCAACAAAGGCAUAGUCAUAGCAAGCAGGCACCAAGUAGUUGUUUUCAUCAGAUUUAUAUUUGGAUUUCUUUUACCACUAAUGAUUAUUGUUGUGUGUUACUCAAUUAUUGCUUUGAAAAUAGCAAAAAACAGACUUGCUAAAUCAAGAAAACCAUUUAGAGUUAUUAUAACCAUUAUUCUAACAUUUUUUAUAUGUUGGGUCCCUUACCAUAUGUUCAAUAUCUUUGAAAUAUGGCACGGUCACUUUUCUACAAAAACUCUAAAAAUGGCAUUGCCUAUUUCUACUGCUAUUGCAACUGCAAACAGUUUCAUGAACCCAAUUUUAUAUGUAUUUAUGGGCCAGAGCUUCAAAAAGACACUAGUAUCACGUCUUGAAAAUGCUUUCACUGAAGAUACUGCUCAUUCACGUCUCAGCAGUAGAAGGAUAUCAAAGUUUUCUUCUGAUGUGGAGAAGGAAACUAUAAAACUGUAAUCAUGACAGAAGCUGACUACCAGCAUGACUUCACAGUGAGGAGAAGUAAACGUAAUGGAAUCCAAAAGAGGAACUGCAUUGUACGCAUUGUGUAUACAAAUUGCAAAGAAAAAACUCUAAUAUAUAUUACCUGAAAUACUGAUGUAAAUGCACUCUUAACUAUGUUUUCUUACUGAGCUUAACAUUUGAAUUAAUUAUUUGAAAUAAAGCCAAAGAAAACCUUGCUA